AAAUAAAAUAAAUAAUUAAAAAAAAAGAGAGAGAGGAAUGGAGAAAAUAAGUUACGCUUAUAACUAAUUUAACUUCCUCGGCACCGUUAUCCUUUUUUCUUCUUGUGAGUAAGCGAAUGAGUCUGUAAAUCUCAAGCCCUCCUCGGAUGAGUCUGUAAAUCUCAAGCCCUCCAUCGAAGGAAGAACCGAGCCGCACUUCAAGAACAAGAGGAUGCAACCGAAGCCGAGUCAUGGCCCUGAACUUGCGAAGUUGGUGGAGAAGAGAUCACAGAAGAUGGAUGAUCAAGAGUGGGGCAAAGCAGCAACAGUGUUGAAGUUGUCGAUUAUUAUAGCUUGUCUUUGGAUGGUGGUGGGUGCUGCUGGCUGGGAAGACGGAUAUCUGUCCACGAUUAGCUCGGAGAAGAAGGGCCUGAAUGUUUCGGCCUUUUACGUGCUCGGAGAUUCUUCUGUGGACUGCGGAGACAAUACCCUGUUCUACCCCUUUCUCCAUCACAAUCUGUCACUGCUUCCCUGCGAUGGAGCCGAUCAGAGCCUUGUUCCGCAUUUUCUUGCCCAGAAGAUGGGAUUUCCAUUUACGCCGCCAUUCUACGGCCAGAAUGGAUCCGUUGAUGGCCUGCUCCGGGGCCUCAACUUUGGGUCUGCUCAGGCCACUAUCAUGAGCACGACUGGCCACGAGUUUCAGUCCCUCAACCAACAGCUCCGCCAAGUCCUCGAGACCUUCCAGCUCCUACAACUCCACCUCACUCCACAACUCGCUCGUUCCUACAUCGAGUCCUCUGUCAUCUACCUCUCCUUUGGGAAGGAUGACUAUGUCGAUCUCUUCCUCCACAACUCCUCAGGCAUAAUGCACAAGUUCACGGGCCCAGAGUUCGCCCGGAUCCUAGUGGAUCAAAUGGCUGCAGCAUUGAAGACCCUCCAUGCCUCAGGAGCCCGAAAGAUCAUCUGCGUCGGGAUCUUGCCUCUUGGGUGCACCCCGAGAACGGUAUGGGAGUGGAAUAAUUCAUGGGGCAAGAUUGGUGGCAGUGAAAACAAUGGUACGGUUUGUAUCAACGAGAUCAAUGAGCUGGUCUCGCUGUACAACAUAUUGCUGGAGGAGAGGAUUGUGAGUCUGAAUUCGGAUUUGCCUGGGAGCGAGAUGGUCUUCUGCGAUGUCUACGAGGGAAUUAUGGAGAUUGUGAAUAACCCGAAACAACACGGAUUCGACGAUGUGCGGACUGCAUGCUGUGGGCUAGGUGUAACUGGAUCCAAUAUCGGGUGCCUGUCUAUGGAGAUGGCCUGCAAGGACAAAUCGACUCAUCUAUGGUGGGACCUAUACAACCCGACUCAGGCAGCGAACCGUUUGUUGGGUGAAUCUGCCUGGUCCGGCCUAUCUCUGGCUAACAUCUGCCGUCCCACCACCAUCCAUCACCUGGUCUCUCCAUGACUUAUGCCCCGUACGAAGCAACUGUUUCCUUUCCCAAGGAAUUCAAGACGAACUAUAGCAUUUCACUGAAACUGAACAUACACCAAGACUAAUGGAUCAGAACACUUCUUGGCGUGCAGGGGAUCAUUCUACUGAUGAGAAGCUUCGCAUGGGAAUACUAUGUGAAAUACUCGGAGAGCAUAAGUGAACAUUUUACUAGGCUGAUCCGUGAUAACCGUAACUCAGGAGGGCUGAGAAGGCGUUCCUAGAUCGGAGAUGAAGCAACUAUAUCCACCGAUAGGGCAGUUGGGGGUGGAGUGGGGCUUCUGCAAGCUCAGUAAAAAGGCAUUCUAUCAUCAUUGUGAAGAAGACGAAGAGCAGCAUAGGCUUACCCCUCGUGUAAAAUCUGCUCCGCGGACUGAUGAAACACACGCUGUUAUAUCUUCGGUUUUCGACUUCUGGUUUUCUUGCAGAAUGUGGUGCUGUUUGCACUCUUUUCCCUUGUAUGCAUUUCGAGAUCUUAAUUGAAAUGUAAAAUCUAUGGCACAA